AUGAAGCUCGUCCGUUUUUUGGUCAAGUGCCAGAAUGAGACAGUGACUGUUGAGCUCAAGAACGGCACGAUUAUUCACGGCACAAUCACUUCCGUCUCUCCUCAGAUGAACACCUCUCUCCGCACCGUCAAGAUAACCCCAAAGGGCCGUAACACUGUCUCUCUUGACUCCAUCAACGUCCGUGGCUCCACUAUCCGAUAUGUUAUCCUUCCCGACAGCCUGCCUCUCGAUACCCUGCUUGUGGAUGAUGCCCCUAAGCCUAAGAACAAGGCUCGCAAGGAGUCCGACCGUGGCGGCCGAGGAGGCGGCCGUGGUGGUGGCGGUCGUGGUGGUCGGGGUCGGGGCCGCGGAGGUCGUGGACGGGGCCGUGGUUUCUAG